UUGGCGGUGGCCGUGGCCGUGGCGGUGGCGGUGGCUGCGGGCGGAGUCGCCUGUGGUCCGAGCGCCUGCACUGAGUGCUUGCUCUGAGUAUUUUUCUGUCAGCAUUGAAGACACUUACAUGGAAUCUCCGGACCCAGAAAGACUAUUGCAAUGCCCUUAUGAUAAAAAUCACCACAUCAGGGCCUGCAGGUUUCCUUAUCACCUUAUCAAGUGCAAAAAGAACCAUCCUGAUGUUGCAAAAAAAUUGGCUACAUGUCCAUUCAAUGCUCGUCACCUGGUUCCAAGGACUGAACUGAGUCAUCAUAUCUCAAUAUGUGAUGACAGGUGCUGUAUAGAACAGGAUGUGGUCAACCCAACCAGGAACUCUGGACAGGACACUCUGUCCAAGAACACAUUGCAGUACCCUCCUUGUGACGAAGACUGGGAUCAAGAAUUGGCUGAAGAGAAUAACACCACCCCAUUUAUCUGGGGUAGAACUGGGUUCUGUGACAAUAAAUGUCCUGCAGGCAACAUAGCUAUGGAACAUAAAAGUAAUCUGGCUUCAGACAAGCAAGUUCCAAAGACUCUGCCAUGGAAAAACAGUGGAUAUGGACAGUAAGUGAACAUCUUUCACAAAUGCCAGAAUCCAGAAGAAUCUUGCUUAUUCCUGCUGUCCAAGGAGCC